AUGGCCUUUCCGUUGAUUGGCCUCGUUUUCGGGGGGUUACUGCUCGCUCUUUACCUGGGAUACAGGUUGAUGUUACCGCGUCCUAUCCCGGGAAUUCCUUACAAUCAAGAAGCUGCUGGAAGAAUAUUGGGUGAUCUACCUUCAUUGAAAGAACAUACACGAAUGACAGGAGAAAAAUUGACCUGGCUUCCUUUGCAAGCCAAGAAGUUGAACUCUCCUAUCAUUCAAGUAUUUGCCAAUCCUCUCACAAAGCCAUGGAUUGUCCUGACCGAGUUCAGAGAGAGCCAGGACAUCCUGCUCCGGAGAACCAAGGAGUUUGAUCGGAGUGAUCACUUCGGAAACAUCUUCAAGGGGUUGACACCUGACCAUCAUAUCUCCAUGAAGACAGCAAAUCCUGAAUUCAAGGCGCACCGGAGAUUGAUCCAAGACUUGAUGACACCUGCAUUUUUGAAUGAAGUUUCGGCUCCCCGAAUUUAUGAAUCCUUCUCGUCACUUGUCGACCUCUGGACCGAAAAGUCCCGAUUGGCAAAGGGUCAGCCUUUCUCCGCUUUGGAUGAUUUUUACAACGCGGCAUUGGAUGCCAUCUGGGCUGUGACCUUUCCCCUGGAUCUCAAGGACAGUGUCACCAAUGCUCAACGACAGCUUCUUCGUGAUACAGCAAGCAUCAGCACAUCAACCACUACCAUCGACGAACCCGCUACCUUUCCCGAAGCCCCAAUGCCAGACGCUCAAAAAUCCAUUUUAACACUUACAGAAAGCCUGGAGUCUGUGGGGUUAUCCCCAUUGCCAAAAUUUACUUUUUGGUUAAUCAGCCUCUGGCCCUAUAUGCGUAAGGCGAGAGCAGCUAAAGAGACUAUGAUUACUACUGAGCUUGAAAAAGCCAAGGCAAGAGUCUCUAGCGGGAACAAAGCGGCAAGAUGCGCCUUGGAUGAUAUCCUGCGCCGUGAGCUCAUUUCUGCGGAGAAAGAAGGUCGAGAACCUCAAUACAACACGAGGGCCAUCUUCGACGAGCUUUUUGGCCUGCUGAUUGCCGGUCACGAUACGACCUCAACGACGAUGACAUGGGGUCUCAAGCGACUCUCUGAUCACCAGGAUGUACAAAAGAAACUUCGUCAGGCCAUUCGUGGUGGUUUCCCCGCAGCUAUCGCAGAAUCCCGAAGACCAACAGCAGAGGAAAUUGUCAAAGCUCACAUCCCAUACCUGGAUGCUACGCAAGAGGAGAUUAUUCGGAAAUCCAUGACAGCUGGGUCGGUAACACGCACAGCAAUGGUCGAUACCGUUAUUCUCGGACACCGCAUUCCUAAAGGCACCAAUGUGUUCCUUGCGGGGAAUGGCCCGGACUUUAUUGAACCGCCGAUCGGUAAAAUCCCAGAAGAGCGCCGCAGUAAGAGUUGUCGGGACGCGAAGGGACGUAUUGGCUCAUGGGACCCAUCAGACUCGAACCUAUUCAAGCCGGAACGAUGGCUUACUACAGAAGAUGGCAAAGAAACUUUCGACGCUACAUCCGGUCCACUUCUGACAUUUGGUCUUGGACCAAGAGGAUGCUUCGGAAGACGCAUGGCAUAUCUCGAAAUGAAGAUUGCUCUCGUGCUGCUUCUGUGGGAAUUUGAGCUGCAAGGUGUACCAGAGAAUCUCAGUUCCUAUGCGGCGGUGGAUAAGCUUACCCACCAGCCAAGACAGUGUUAUUUGCGACUUUUGAGCUCCCCAUUGGAAGUCUCUUGUGCCUAG